GUGCUUAAUCGCUCCCGCACGUCGCAUGGUGGUUGCAGAUGUAAAUUUGCAACAACCACAGGGCGAACGCUCGGACGAACUCCUGGAGAAGUAUCGGUGCAUCAUCACGCGAUUGAGGUUGGACAUCCGCUUUCUGAUCCACUCCUUGGCCGAGUUUUCUGAACCACCUGAAACCGAUGAAUGGGAACCACUGGCAGCAGAAGCAGAGCGGCAGCUGCAGGAUUUUGCUGCCAUGGCAAUGAAAGAACGCUUGCCAUCUGUAGCGACCAUCGUGUCCAUGCUGAAUUUGCGAGAUUCACUUUUGAUGGCGAUGAUUGACUCCAUCCUUUAUUGGCAAGCUGUGUUGCAUCUAGAACUCCGCAGAGAAACUCCCCCUGAGGGAAUGGCGCGAUUACAGGAGCAGGUCAAGAUGAUGGCCACAAAGAUGGACAAACUGCCUGAACUUUAUGUCUUGCCGCAUUUCCCAAAGGUGACAGAUUGUGGUCCCUACACCUAUGACAAGAGCCAGCAUGCCAUGGGCAAUGAUGUUGUCUCGGAGCCUUCAACGCUGCCUGGGAGGUUUCGAACGCUUUUCAUCGAAAUGCAUUCUAUGGAAAAGCAUCUCAGACGGAUGAAGUUUGGAGCAAGCGUGAAGUGGAAGCCGAAUUCGCAUGUGCGCAGCGAAGAUUUACGGAAGGAGAUCACUGUGCUCUUCGACAAAUUUUCGAAGCUGGACCAUGAGCUCCAGACAAGCAAAGCACAGCGCCACACACCAUGGGACCAACGGAUCGAGCAGCUCAAUACCAAGAUCCAAGAGAAGGAGCUAACUCACAGUCAGCUGCUUCACUCGAAGCACAAGUUGGAGAGUGAGCUGACCUUUCUGCGUGCCGACCACAACAACGUGCAGAAGGAGCUGCAGGAGUUGAAGGAACGGAACCAGAAGGUGACCAAUGAAAAUCUCCCACGCCUUGAGAAGAUCAAAGUGCUGCUCAAGGAGACGUGGUCUGAGGUUGACAGUCUCACUGCAGACGCUGCGAUGCUGUCGGCCAUGUUCCGGCAGCAGGUGGUCGAAUACGAGAGCGCCGUAACUGUCCGGGACGCGGUCUUCUCUGAGUUGUCCAAGGUACAGAAUGAACUGAGGGAAAAGAACACCAAGACGGUGUACAAGGAGAAGGAAUUGCAGAAGAAAGAGACUCUGUACCAGAGAACAGUUGAUGCAAGACGUGACAUCCUCGAGAGUUAUCAGCGGCAAAAGACGGCCAUCAAGGAAGUUGAGGAGAGGCACGAGAUCCAGAAUGAGGUUUGGCUGGACCUGCAGGCUGAGGCCGAACAGCGCGAUGACUACAUCAAAGACCUGAGGUCGCAAAUCAACGCAGCCAACAAAAAGAUUGACCUUCUCGAGCAACAGAAGAAACUGUACAUGCAAGAAUUCCGCAAGAAGGUGGGCAAACCUUGUGGCAUGCUACUGGAGCAACUGAAGCGCAAGACCAACUCCUAACAGUGCUAAGUCUGACUUGAAAUGCUGACUACAACGGCUGGGCCCAAAAAGGGCCCGGCUGCCUGACAGAAAAAGGGCAAUGGCAAAAAAA